GCGGCGGCGGCGACGAGGAGGAGCGCGGCGCGGCGCGGAGCGGAAGGCGGGCGGGCCCCGAGCGGAAGCGGGCCGGGCCCGGCGGCGAGGAGGAGCGCGGCGCCGGCGGGGGCGGCCGGGCGCGGGCGUGCGAUGGAAACGCACAUCUCGUGUCUGUUCCCCGAGCUGCUGGCCAUGAUCUUCGGGUACCUGGAGGUGCGGGACAAGGGCCGGGCGGCGCAGGUGUGCACGGCCUGGCGGGACGCCGCCUACCACCGCUCGGUGUGGCGGGGCGUGGAGGCCAAGCUGCACCUGCGCCGCGCCAACCCCUCGCUCUUCCCCAGCCUGGCGGCGCGGGGCAUCCGGCGGGUGCAGAUCCUGUCGCUGCGGCGCAGCCUGAGCUACGUGAUCCAGGGCAUGGCGGACAUCGAGAGCCUCAACCUCAGCGGCUGCUACAACCUCACCGACAACGGGCUGGGCCACGCCUUCGUGGCGGAGAUCAGCUCCCUGCGCUCGCUCAACCUGAGCCUCUGCAAGCAGAUCACGGACAGCAGCCUGGGCCGCAUCGCCCAGUACCUCAAGGGGCUGGAGGUGCUCGAGCUGGGGGGCUGCAGCAACAUCACCAACACCGGCCUCCUCCUCAUCGCCUGGGGCCUGCAGCGCCUCAAGAGCCUCAACCUGCGCUCCUGCCGGCACCUCUCCGACGUGGGCAUCGGGCACCUGGCGGGCAUGACGCGCAGCGCCGCCGAGGGCUGCCUGGGCCUGGAGCAGCUCACGCUGCAGGACUGCCAGAAGCUCAGCGACCUCUCGCUCAAGCACCUGGCCCGCGGGCUGGGCCGCCUCCGCCAGCUCAACCUCAGCUUCUGCGGGGGCAUCUCGGACGCAGGGCUGCUGCACCUGUCGCACAUGAGCAGCCUGCGCAGCCUCAACCUGCGCUCCUGCGACAACAUCAGCGACACGGGCAUCAUGCAUCUGGCCAUGGGCAGCCUGCGGCUGUCCGGCCUCGAUGUCUCCUUCUGCGACAAGGUGGGGGACCAGAGCCUAGCCUAUAUCGCGCAGGGCCUGGACGGGCUGCGCUCCCUCUCCCUGUGCUCCUGCCACAUUAGCGACGAGGGCAUCAACCGCAUGGUGCGGCAGAUGCACGGGCUCCGCACCCUCAACAUCGGCCAGUGCGUCCGCAUCACUGACAAGGGCCUGGAGCUCAUCGCCGAACACCUCAGCCAGCUCACGGGCAUCGAUCUCUACGGCUGCACCCGCAUUACCAAGCGGGGCUUGGAGCGCAUCACCCAGCUGCCCUGCCUGAAGGUGCUCAACCUGGGACUUUGGGAAAUGACUGAGAGUGAGAAAGUCAGGUGAGAGGAGGGGGGGCGCCCCGAGACCUCCAUCUCCUCUGGAGGGACUCACUCACUGACUGACUGCUGCAAUGGAGGAGAGAAAGAGAGAGAGGGGCACGCACAGAGCCACGCUACCCACGCACCCUGGCACCGGAGGGAGGAACGUAGAGAAAGAGAGUAUAUCCUCAACCCUCCUGUGCUGCCUACCUACCCUUGCUCAGGAGGAGGAGGAGGAGGAAGGGGGGGCAGGAGAGAGAGAAAGCACCUAUCCUUUUUCCAGGUCAUGCCUCCAGCUCCAUGCUGGGGAGACAGAGCUCCCCCUUCCCCCAGAGCAUCCUUCCCUGCAGAAGAGGUAGAAGCCCACACUCUUAUGCACUGGGGCUAGAGACACCCCUCUUUAUCCCCACUCCCUGAUUCCAUCCCCUUGUGCACUAAGGAUGGAUAAAGAAAGACCCUGUUCUGCCAUGUACUCAGAAUAGAUUAUUUUUGGUUUCUGUAAAGGAGAGUGGGAAUGUAGAUGGGAACAAAAAAUAACAGGAAAAAAAAAAAAAAAGGCUACCUAACUAUGCCUGCAUGCCCAGCCGCCCAGUCAUCCUGCACUGGGCACAGACACAGCUUUUGGUAAAAUACCUAUUCCACCUCUGCGCUUGCCCCUCCCCUGUCAACUGAGAAUUGUGACAGAAAUACUGCUCCCUAGGUACAUUGAUUUUUCUUUUUUAAAAAUCUGUUUUCAGCCUCCAGUUCCAUGUUAUUUUCUGCUGUGGGAGGAUACAGCCUCCCACUAUUCCAGUUCUCCACUGCACUGAGACUAGGGAUAGCUACAACCUCUCCUUUUGUCAGUAUGUUUCCGUGUCAUCCUGCACUAUGAUUAACGGAAAAGCCUAGGCACUCCAUUCUCUCUCCCCAUCUCUCUAGCGCAGAUGAAGAUACCAUUUCUUCCUUCUGUCUCUGUGGGGACUGGACAGGGACCCCAGUCUCUUAAGCCUUCCUGUGUGCUGGGGGACACCGAGAGCUGUCAAGACUUGUCUUCCCUUUCAUAAUUCUCUCUUUUUCUCCCCUCCUUCUUCUUGGCAACAGGGAUAGACAUAUCCAGCUACAUAUCCAUUCCUCUUUGGGUCGGGGGUGAGCGGGUAGAAGGGGUGGCUAGCUCCCUUCUACCCAGGGGACUCGAGGAAGAAUCUCCAGCUUCAUUUCUGCUUCAUUUGAGAUACUGUGACCUGUUUUUAUUUUGAAAUGCAUAAAAAAAAUUACUGCUACAAAAACAGCCUCUUACUCUCCCACCUAUCCCUUGCUUACGUCCUGUAACUGAUCCCAGUUUUCCUCACUCACUCUCCUCUUUACAGUAUUCAUUUUCUUACAUGGUUUUAUUUUUAAAGACAUUUGAAGUUGCUGUUCUUGUGGAUUUUUAAGUACAUUUUUUUUCUGCUGAAUAUAUUCUAUAUAUAUAAAUAUAUAUAUGAUGUCUGGCUACCUCGUUUUAAUUUGUUACUUUUUUUUUUUUUCCUCCCCUCCUCAAAAGCCCUGGAAUUCUUACAGGAAAGAGAUUUUGAGACUGAAACAUUUUUGUGCCUAGACUGGAAUAACGCCCCUUGGAUUUGUUCUUCUUUUUCUCCCUGCCCCGCCCCCCCGCCUUUUUUUUUUUCUUCUCAUUUUUGUUUUGUUUUUUAAGCUUACCCUAUUGUGUCCCACCUUCACAUUCUAGUUGUGCCUCUCCCUCCCUCUUCACUGGGGACUGGGGACCUGAACUGUGCUUCUGCAUUUUUACUCUUCUAGCACAAAUGUGUAACAUGUGAGAAUCCACGCUGAGGAUUGGGCUACUGUUAACAGAAAUGUGUAAAAUGCAAGUUCGUUUUAAAAAAAAAAAAAAGAUAUAUGCAAAUGCUUUCCCCUCCCAAAUCACCUACAAAAGGUCACUCACUGUGCGAGGCUUCCUGUUUGUAGGUGGAGAGGAGCAGAGCUGGCCUGCAGGCCCUGAGGCUGCAAUGUGAGGGGGAGGAGACUGAAGUUCAUCUGUCUUAUCUCUGUUCUGUCAAUAAAAUAGAGCUGGGUCUUUAGAUUUUUUUAUUAUUAUUAUUUUAAAGAGGAAGUUUGGGUUUUUGUGUUUUGUUUUGUUAUUUUUUU